UAUCCGUGAUAUUUGCAUUAGUGUACUGUGUCUUUAAGGGUUUGGGGAACGCGCAUGCGCGAGUGAGUUGGCGGAGAACUUGAGUGUGUGUGAGCGUGACUUUUGGCUAACAGCAGCUCGUGUAUGUGUGUGCGUUACUUUUUGAACUACAACCAGUUACCGCUUGUUAAUAAAGCGAUUGAGCAAUUUGUUUAAUGGACAAUAGAGACUGCAAAUAAGAAAGUUGGAGCCGGUGGAGCGGCGGACUACAGCAACACCAACACCAGGAGGUUGUGUUGUGUUUUGAGCAGGAUAACAGACGCACUACGGUAGAGUUGAAGGAGACUGCACAGCGGCUGGCUUCCUUGCUGCAAGCAGUCCUGCCUGGGGCAUCACCUACAAACAAUUCGGAAAACCAAAACCAAAAUGACGGACAAUGAUUCCGGCAGCAGUCCUUCUCAACAGAGCAGAACAUGGCCAGAUCCUUCCCAGCACUCUUUAAAAAAAAAAAACUCUGGGAAAAGGAGACAAUCUUUUCCCCCAGAUGUAAAAAAAGGGCACAGUACAAAAUCUUUUUUGAUGCAGUUUUACCUGGUGAAUAAACAUAUUGAGAAGACUACAAAAGCAGCAGAGGAACUGCAACUGUUACAGGCAGGGAUGGGACGGCGGACCAUUAAUGUAACAGAGGAUGCAGAUCAUUUAUGGUUGUCCAGAAAACUUGAAGAGACUUACGCCAAAAUGAUCCAUUUAAAAGGAGCAUGGAUGUUAUAUAAGGCUGUUGGUGGAUCUGGUCAAAGAAAACUUUGUAUUCUGCCACCUGAAGCAGAAGGUUACACAGGCCGUUACCUCAGUGCAGUAGGACGUGGGAAGUCAGCACUGUACAUUGUACCGGUUCAAGGCAAUCUGGAUAUGACACCCCUUCCAAACUGUGCAAAGGAAUUUGAAAGGAUUCCAAAAGUGACGUGCCAUACCUGCUCAGUGGGCAUGCCGGUUCAGUUACUAGCAGCGCAUGUGGCAUUUUGUGGAAGAGACAAGAUCUUAGACAUCACCAUUGAACGGGCAAGACUGUUUUGUUCACGAUGAUGGAUAAUUAGAUUCAAUAUUCUUUUG